UUAAAGUCAUCAUUUGAAAAUCUCCAAUUAAUAUAGAAAGAUUUGGUUUCUUGAAUUUUGAACAAAUUGUAUAGUAAUUAUAUGCAUAAAAUGGCCUUAUUUGAUGUAUUUAACCCACUUCAAAACGUAACACCAAAGUUUACAGAAGAACAGUUGAAUGAAAUUAUUGAGUGGUUUGACGCCAAUGCAAAACCAUUAUUAACAAUAAAUGACGGCGAGUCCAUAAACGUAAUUUCCAUAGAAAAAUUUAUAGAUUUUUUGAAACUAAAGAAAUUUCAUAGAAGAAGUUUCCAUUACCCAACCUACGCGGAGAUAAUGUCCGAAGCUGAAAAAUUAAAAGCAGGUGUGCUUCGAAUGUUGACCAAAGAACAAGUAAUAUAUAUGUUAAACAGAUGGGUUGUGGGCACUACCUUAAAACACGAACUUUUAUUAGCUUUUAAAGUUUUUGAUACAGAACAAAGGAAUUUUUUGGAAGUUAACGAGAUUGAGUCCAUUGUUACUCAAUUUGGUGAUCUAUUUGAUGGGCAAGAAACACGUGAAUUACUCCGUGAUGGCAAUGUUCGUGGCGAUGGCAAUGUAUAUUACGAAAAUUUUAUAGAAAGCAUGUUCAGCUUGGCACCAGAACUUAACGAAAUUAAGGUUGGUUAUUUAUACGAAGAUCCCGACGAAGAUCCGUCAGUACCUCCUGAACCUGUUGAAGAAGAAGAAGAGCAACCGGCUCCUUUAUCACCUAAAUCCCCACUUCCUAACUCGCCUAAAAAAGAUAAGAAAAAGAAGUAACUAAUUAUUUUUCUUUUGUGUUUGUGAUUUGAUGGUAAAUACUUUUUCACUGUCGACUCUUUAAGUAAUUGAUGUGUCUUUUAUAUGUUUCUACCUUUUUUCUUUCAGUCUAUGUAAUAUUAAGAUUUUAAGUAAUAAAAAUGUGAAAAUGUAUUAAUGUGCGAUCA